AUGCAGAAACUUUGGCCGCUCAAGGGUUCCAUGUCCUUACUAUCCAUGGCAGAUGGCUUCUUCCUCUUAAAGUUCACUACUUCCGAAGAUUUAGAAGCUAUUUUAUCUGGUGGGCCUUGGUUUCUUCUUGGCAAACCUUUCAUUCUCCAGAGAUGGUCUCCGAAGUUCAAGCCGAAGCGUGAUGAGGCCAGCCCGAUUCCGAUCUGGAUCAAGAUUGUUGAUUUUCCGCUUGCCUUGUGGACGCCGACUGGUAUUUCCCGUAUCGCCAGUUAUAUUGGAGUUCCGAUCUCUGUUGACUCCCUUACGGCUAAUAGAACCAGGCUUACUUUUGCCCGGGUAUGUGUCUUAAUCACUAAAGACUCUAUUUUGCACGAAGAAAUCCCUAUUGAGAUUGAUGGUGAAGACUUGGUCCUCCCUGUUAUCUACGACUGGAAACCAGAGCGAUGUGAAGGUUGUGCUUCCCUGAUUCACCCUUUUUCCUUAUGCCCCAAAAAUCCAAAUCUGCAAACUAUUUUACCCCCACAGUCUAACAAACAUCGUGGUAGGAGUACCUCCAGGCAUCGGGUUUCUCAAACCCGUAGAUCUCCCUCUUCUAAACCUACUCAACCUCCUUCACAGGAUCCCCUUCCUGCUACCACCAUACUUAAACCCACCACAAAUCCCAUUCCUGAAUCUAAUUUGGCCUCCUCCCUCAUUGUCACCAAGAAUUUACCUCUUCCAAACCUUAACUCCCCCACUGAGGUGUCUUCCUCCUCAGAACAUCCUCCCUCUACCAGCCUCCCGAACCUUCCUAAAAUUCCUCUUGGCAACAAAUUUGCUUCUCUUCAGUUGGCUGAAGGAGAAUCUUCAAAUCCGGUUGAUAGCCAUUCUGGCAAUGAAUCUUCUUUCAUGCCUGAUAAUGAUGAAGAACCUCCUGACACUUCCUCUUUUGAUAAAAAGACUAAAGUUGAAAAAGGGAAAUCCCCUGCUAAGACCAAACCUCCUAAAGGGAAAUCGGCCAAGAAGGCCAAACCCACAAAAUAUUAA